AUGCAUUAAAAUCAAGGGGGACGUGUAUUUGGAAGACAUCUUGAUAAUUAUGCUGAAAAGGCUUUGAAGGAUGCAAAGGAUAGAAGAAAUGGAACAAUUGAAGAAAUAGGAGGGAAAGAAAAUGUAAUCAACGAUGCUGUUUUGACGAAGGAUGGCUGGCUCAAAAUGGAUUGUCCUUAAAAGGUUUUGCAAUAUCAAUAAGAAAUUUACGAGUUCCUUCAUUAACGUGAAUAGGAGAGCUAGGGAUUACAACUUUCGAUUAAUCAAAGGAAAAUCAAUGAAACAAUGCGAAAUACUACAGUACUUAUCAUCGCUAGAAAAAGAUUAGGUUUGUAAUCAAGUAGGCCAAACUAUAUAAUUUGAAAUCGGAAACUUUAUUCCAAACAGUUGAUCUCAUCGAUUAAGCAAUUCAACAUAUAAAUCCUGAGGCAGAGAAAUUGGAGCUCAUUGCUAUAACUUGUUUGUUUAUAGCAUCCAAAUAUGAAGAAAUAUACCCACCUCCAUUGGGAGUGUUGCUUAGAGGCACAGAAUUAAGGAUUCGAGAAGUUAUUGACAUGGAAAAGGAGAUACUUUAUAAAUUAAAUUUUAAUGUUAUAAGUGAUAAUACAUUAAUUUGGUUGCAAUUGAUAGGAGAAUUAUUGGGAUGCAAUAAAAGAUAUUUGGAUUUGAUAAAGCAGAGAUCAAUGUAAUGUAUAUGUGUAUUUCAAAGGUAUUUAGCAGAACUUAGUUUAAGCAGUGAUAGAUUUCUAAGUAUAAAGAAAUCAACCAUAGCAUUGACAAUUUUUCUGGCAGUGGAAAUAUAGUUUGGGUAUCAGAAGACGCAAUUCUAAUGGGAUCGUUUGUCUCAGCAUUCUAAACCUAGUAAAGAUUCUAAGCCAUUAAGAUUAUUUGCUUAUUGCUUAAAAAAUUGA